AUUGCUAGCCAUCUUCUGAGGGACCCUUCCUCCAAUACUGCCCGCAGCCAAUGAAGUGAUCACAGUGUGGGACAUGGGCCUUCCUCCAAGCUGCAUCACACUCCAUGCGCGCAUUAUUCAAUCGAAGCGACGACAUCCAACACAGUGUCGGGCAUGGAUGCAGCAUCAGGCUCAGCCAUGACUCUGAAUGUGCAGAAGCCUCAGGAUCCAGCUGGGCUCACCAUUGAAGCAUGGGCAGAAGGCUACAUGUGUGGCUCAUUGAUCAUUAUGGCAUGUGUCGCCUUUUCCAACAUGAGGCCUCGAAUCCUGCUGCACAAGCUCAUUGUGGUGGAAUUAAUCCUUGGUACAUUCCACGGAACCUUCAUCUUCACCAAUCCACCAGUCUACAACUGGUAUCUCUCCGUCACGGCCAUCUUCCUCAACUGCAGCUGGUCUCUGCAUAAUGUGAUAGCCUGGAUGAAGAACAAGCCCUUUCUCAGCAAGAGAGGCAGUUGGCUCUAUAUCGGCACCGUUGUCCUCGUUCAGCCCUACUGGAUCCUCGAAAUCGUCGCCAACUUCCUCUAUUUCAGCGACACAAGCAGGUUGUUUACCAAGACUCGGCCUUACGAGGCUUUAUUUCGAGAUCCAUGGUGGAUCUUCACGGCAUGCAGUCUUUUUUACAACAUCAAAUCACGAUAUGAGUUCGGCUUCUUGGAACUCAUUCGCGUGUCACCACGCUUUGGGGUGCUGCUCGCUUCCAUGUUGGUCAGCAUAUGUUUCCUCAUCGUCGAUGUCCUUGCUGUGACCCAUGCUUUGCCUUCAUCUGGCCUUCCCGAUGGCAUCAACCCAUUCUGGAAACUGGCUUAUGUAUUUCGAUGUCUCACAGACAUGAUCAUCCUGGACGACUUCAAGACUGCGUUGGAUCGACUAAGUACGGUUAAGAUGGAACGCAUGGGUAGCGUUCUGAGCGAUGGCAUUCGAGGGGACUUCUCGGACGUCGAACAAGCACGGAGAAAGAAGCUUGAGCAACAACAAAAUCGACCAAGGGAUUCUGCCAUUCGCGAUUACGGAAAACCUCGGAAUAGUGAAUGCCUCGAUCUGGAGGCGGCGCUGCAUAUGGAAGAUCGACACGAUAGUGGUAAACCAGAGCAGAGCGAGGAACUAGACUUCAUCACGGCAUUGAACAUGGACGACUUGAGCGAGCCUUCAGGAUCGAGAUUAAGUGGCGGUGGUGGCUAGUCUGAAGAGACAGGAGUGUGAAUGUUAAGCAGGAUUUACCCGAAAUUCCAUCACUUAUGGAUCAUGUCAGAGAUGGCGUUAUGUGCAGCCUGGCUCAGAAAGAGAGAGAUAGGUGGGCUAAGCAUUGCCCCAACAGCAGGAGAAAGCCCAAUUGACGCGCUGCUAU